AUGGCAUCGAACGCGCUGUCAGUUUCUACAGCCAUCGAACUGCAAGAGGGCACACAGGUUGAGGGGAGACUAACAAAACCCUCGGGCGAUCGUACCCCAGGAGAGAGCACAGAUGAGCUAUUGCAGGCCUCGCUCGUUGCCGACGCCGAGGUUCCUGAUGGAGGUUACGCCUGGGUCGUUAUAUCUGCAUGUGCGGUCAUUACCUGGUGGUUCAUCGGAACCUCCUACUGCUGGGGUGUUCUGCAAGCGGCACUGGUAAAGGAAGGAGUAUCGUCUACUUCUACUUUGGCUUUCAUAGGUUCGCUUGCCACGUCCUGUAUUUCUUUUCUGGGCAUCAUCAAUGCGAGCGUGAUUCGGAAACUCGGCACAAGGGUAUCGGCUUUACUCGGUAUCUUCUUGCUGGGCUUGGGAGAGGUCCUCAGUGGGUUUGCGACCAAGAACGUUGGUGGCUUAUUUGCAACAGCUGGUGUCCUCUUCGGUUUGGGAAUCAGCCUCUGCUUCAUGGUAGUUUCUGCAAUCCCUGCGCAGUAUUUCAGGGCGAAGCGCGGUAUCGCUAAUGGGAUUGUAUACGCCGGAGGUGGUCUUGGGGGAACCGUCAUUAGUUUCAUCAUGAAUGCCUUGAUUAAUAAGGUCGGAAUCGCGUGGACAUUCCGAAUCAUCGGUUUCAUGAUCUGGGGCACAGGCCUACCAGCGGCGUGCCUGAUCAAAGAACGAGUACCAAUUCGGCGCACGGCAUUUGUGGAGUGGCGCUUGUUUCGUGAUAUUCGAUUUGCCUUGCUGUUCGCGGCUGGAGCGAUAGCAACAUUUCCGCUUCUUGUCCCCCCAUUCUUCCUCCCAUUAUAUACCGAGUCACUGGGCAUGGCAUCGGGUGUAGGUGCCGGGGUGGUUGCUGCAUUCAACUUCUCCUCUGCUGUAGGAAGAUUGAUAUGCGGCUUCUGCAGCGACCGACUGGGGCCGCUGAAUACCCUGUUCAUGUCUCUUUUACUAAGCGCCUUGAGCAUGCUGAUCCUGUGGCCUGUUUCGACGUCCAUUGGCCCUUUGAUUGUUUUCGUCAUUAUCAACGGAAUGGCUAAUGGUGGUUUCUUUUCGACGAUGCCCACUGUUGUCGGAAAUGUAUUUGGCUCCGCUCGCGUGUCUGUCGCAAUGGGUAUGAUCGUCACUAGUUGGGCUGGUGGAUAUCUAAUGGGUGCCCCGAUUGCUGGCUAUAUACUCAACGCGUCUGGCGGAGAGGGAGGUGGCGUAGGGGCAUAUCGUCCUGCCAUAUUUUAUGCCGGAGGCAUGGCCCUCAGCGCAUCUGUGCUGGCUAUUUUCAUCCGUCUAAAGACGGACGCACAGCCGUUCAAAAGGCUUUAA